AAUCGACUCUUAUCGAACAUAUUUUCUGUUUUCGUAUAGUUGCUUGCGUAUUGAUCAUAUUAGUAGAUACCAAGAUUCUGAGAAUUGGAAUUUAUGAGUUACUAAGCAGUUAAUCGGGCAUUAAGCGUGCAAAUGCAUCAUGAUUGGUUUACAAUUGCUGCCGAAAAUGGGCUGAAAACGUCGACCCACUAACCAAAGCCAGGCAUUCUAUUAUCAGUUCCAAAAACAUUUGCCCCAGCUAGUAAUUUCGUUCUCGAUACAUGGUGUGUCCUGUGCAAUACUUUUUACCGCUGUUUCACACCGAAGUGUAGAAAGUUCAUACGUAUUUUUGUUUGACAUAACACCGACGUUAUAUUCUUGAAACUUCUUAUAUUUUCCAAGCGCUUCUAUCACUGCGUUGGACACGCGUACUGCGCAGGUUAAGCCGGCGCGUUUCAAGGAGACGGUGUUCAACAAGUCGUGAUGCGUUGGAGGUUCGGCGGUCCUUGUCCAAAAACCGACCAGAAAUCAGUGUUGGAGAAGCAAUUUGUGUGACAAAGCAUAAAAGUGCAAAACUGUAUUUUAAGAUAUACUCAGAGGCUUCCUUGUCAGUGGACUGUAGGACUUCCUUGGAAGAAAGCAGAUAUUCUUAGUGACACUGAAAGUACAAGUGAAAAAUAUAAAAAUUGGGGGGGCUGUUUGACCGAUGGACAAACGGAAGAUGAUGCCCAAACGCCCUCGAAUGGAUAGCCUGAGGGGUCCUAUUGCAAAUGGACCCAUUCAGACACGACCAUUAGUGGCUUUAUUAGAUGGUCGAGACUGUUCUAUUGAAAUGCCAAUUCUCAAAGAUGUUGCAACAGUAGCCUUCUGCGAUGCACAGUCGACAUCAGAAAUCCAUGAAAAGGUAUUAAAUGAGGCAGUAGGUGCACUAAUGUGGCACACUAUAAUUCUGACAAAGGAAGAUCUCGAAAAAUUCAAAACAUUACGAAUCAUUGUAAGAAUUGGAUCUGGAGUAGAUAAUAUAGAUGUCAAAGCAGCAGGGGAACUUGGCAUCGCUGUGUGCAAUGUGCCUGGAUACGGUGUUGAAGAAGUAGCUGACACUACUCUUUGUCUUAUUCUAAAUUUAUAUCGACGUACAUAUUGGUUGGCAAACAUGGUACGCGAAGGAAAGAAAUUCACAGGUCCAGAACAAGUCAGGGAAGCUGCAACAGGAUGUGCAAGGAUACGGGGUGACACACUUGGUAUAGUUGGGUUAGGCAGGAUUGGUUCUGCAGUUGCCCUGCGUGCCAAAGCCUUCGGUUUCACUGUCAUUUUUUAUGAUCCCUACCUACCAGACGGAAUUGAAAAAUCUCUUGGUCUUAACAGGGUCUACACAUUACAGGAUUUGCUAUUCCAGUCAGACUGUGUAUCCUUGCAUUGUACCUUGAACGAGCACAAUCAUCAUCUUAUUAAUGAAUUCACCAUCAAACAGAUGAGACCUGGCGCUUUCUUAGUCAAUACAGCAAGGGGUGGUCUGGUUGAUGAUGACGCUUUGGCCGCAGCGUUGAAACAAGGCAGAAUUCGUGCAGCAGCACUUGACGUACACGAAAAUGAGCCAUACAAUGUUUUUCAGGGUCAGUCAUCGCAGUGUCCUUUGAAAGACGCACCCAAUCUAUUGUGUACACCACAUGCAGCGUUCUACAGCGAUGCAAGCUGCACCGAACUGCGUGAGAUGGCAGCCAGUGAAAUACGAAGAGCUAUCGUCGGUCGCAUACCCGACUGCUUACGAAACUGUGUGAACAAGGAAUACUUCCUUUCCUCGACCGGCAGCUACCCUGAGGGGAUCAACGGCGGAUACUAUUCCGGGGGGCUGCCCGUUCAACAGGCGCAUUCAACGACUCCUCACGAUUCUGCACCCCCACCUCCUGGUGGGCAUUCCGUCGUCGGCGGCGGUGGUGGUGGGGGUGGUGGCGGACCGAACUCCUCUGCAGGCGGUGCAGGCGCCGGGGGUCCUACAGGCCCCACGGGUCCAACGGUAGGCGGCGGUGGGGCUGGAGGCCCUACUUCAGCUCCUCCUACUGCUGGAUUAACCGGUAUACCACACAGCAUAGUGAGCGAGCCUGACCCCCGGCCAAGCCCACCUGCACCGAGCCCUCGUUGACCUUGAACCCCCGACGUCCACUCCAGCACCACCCUCCGAUCUAAUUUCCCUUAGCCAUUCACACACGACCUCCGACGACAAAUGGCCGAUUGACUAACGUGUGUCGUGCACGAUGUGCCCCAAAAAUCUGUCCGCUGCUUCCGACGAACUCGAGGGAAUCCAUCCUUGAGAAAGAGUGAAAUGAGAGAACGGGGGGUAGGCGGGAAGAAAGAGCGAGCGAGCGCGAGCGAGAGAGAGAGAGGGAGAGAGAGAGAGAGAGAGAGAGAACAAAGCGGAGAAGAAGAACACGCAAUGGGGAGAGCGAAUGAGUAGGAGAGAAAGAUCGAGGUUUGCCUUGCUUGAGUUGCUGCUGUGCGUGCGUUUAAAACGUGUGUUCUCCGUAGUGUACACGUGUUUCACGUACGUAUCGAUGUAGAGUGUGUGCAUGGCAUGUGUGAAUGGCGCGCGCAUGUAUGAUGAGCUUGAGUCUGCGUUUGGUGGACUCCUGGAAUAGUGCAUUUGAUGUAACAUUGUGACCAAACCAAAUACAGUUGGGCAGUAAUGAUGACAGUUUAUAAGAUGUCGCGGCUAAAGGAGGAAAUAACAAACGGUGGGUAAGAAUUCUCUGUGUCGUAAUUUUGUAUAAUUCACUUCAUACUAAACCGCAUGUGACUUUAGACAACACAAAUGAUGACAGAAAGAAAAAGCAAAUACAAGGAAAAUGAAGUUUCAUUGAUUUUUUGUUUUUGUGUUUUGUAUUCCGUUUUUAUCAAAGUUUAAUCAAACUUUGGUCGAUCAAGAUUGGUAAUUAGUUCCUCAGGCCCAUGAUCAGUUCUUCCUUUUAUAAUGAUACCUGCAGCAUCGAGAAGUACAUUGGCUAGUCAUAGAGUACAAAUCAAACAUGGGUGAACAUUACAUCUGGCACACAGUUGAAAAGCAUAUUAAUGAGUUUAGCCUAAAUAUCCUGUAUAAGUUUUAUCAAUGAUAUUUCGCUUCCAGUUAAAUAGGUUUAACGAGACGUAGGGAAUAAACAAUUUCAGAAUUUCUUAUUUCGUAUUUCCAUUAGUUCCAUUUGUAAUUUUUGCGCUACAUAAUAGUUUAGUAUUCCAUGAAAACAUCUAAUACUAUAAAUAAAAGAAAAACCUCCCUGUUCGAUAUAAAUAUAUAUACACAGAUACACACACACACACAAAACCGUAUAUAUAUGUGUGUGUGUGCGUGCGCGCGCGCGCGUGUGUGUAUAUGUAUAUAUAUGUAUAUAUAUAUAUAUAUAUUAUAUGUUUUAAUCCUUCAUAUUCUUUCAUUUCAAACAUGAAACAUGUUUUAAGCGAAGUCAUGCAUUAUUUUGCCACACUGUAUUUGGGUUCGCGCAUGCUCUUUAGUUUUUGUUUUUAAAAGAGAACCAUACUCCCGAGAGCAUAUAUAUAAAUAUAUAAUUUGGCAACUUGAAUAAUUUUUACAAACUUUGUUUCUUUCGUGGACGUUGUGACUCUCAGUGUUAGUAUAUUAUAUUAAAAUGGAAAAUGUAGUUGCUCACAGAUACAUUUUUAUGUUUCACUUAAAGAUUAUGAAAAUGCUGCGUGAUAAAAGGAAGAGAAAAAGAAAAAAGAAUACAGGUAAGAAGUAUAUCUUACCUGUGGUAAAAGUGGCUAAAAGUAACGAAGGAAAUUGUAAAGAAGUAUGUGUAACCGUUGGGGCAUUCUCAAGCGUGUGGUACAUCACUAUGUUGUUGAUAGUACUGAAUAGAACUUGGUAAAACCGAAUGCCUGAUUUAUUCAUAUUUUUAAAUGUCGAUUACCGAUACAAACAGACGCAUUUCAAUUGCCUUACGAUAUAUAUGUACGAUCAAAGUAAGGUUUGUUUGCCUUCACGCACCGAUCGGUAAAACAAAUUAAACAUGUAUUGAGAAACUUAGUAAAAGAAGAAUGGUAUUCGUGAGAAGGGAAGAAACUGCUCUUGAUAAUUGAAAUUUUAUAAAUUCCGAUUGUUCUAAUUCUCCCGAUUUUGUAAGUUUUCUUUUUAUUUUACAUGCGAAAAUCUGAAGUGUACAUAUAAAUGCGAGAUUGUUUAAGUUGCAGAAAUAUGAACUUUAGGGUUAAAUAUGAUUUUUUUAUUGUACAAGAAUUUAUUGUUAAGAAUGAUAGCGAAUGGAAGAUAUAUUUUUGAAUGGGACAUGAUAUGACUUUUGCAGAUAAAAAAUUAAUUUCCUCCUUUUCACGAAUGCCGUUUACUGCUAAAAAAAAAAAAAACUUAUUGGUGACGAUAGGAUCAACGCGGGUGUAUAGUAAAACGAAUUGCUUCAAUAAACUGAGAAAAACGUGUCGUCUUUAAUUUUUGUGGCAUCUAUUUUUGUACUUUUUUCGAGUUACACUCACGAAUGCCUUAACGUUCCGUAAUUGAAUGCAGCAUCUUCAUCCGAAGUGUUUAAAUUCGUAAAUAACGAUAAUAAUAAUAGGUAACGUCGAUAAGUGGCAUUUUGAUACAGAGUAUUUUUGUGUUUUCUGAAAGGGACAAAAAACCACUUAUUGUUUCAGAGAACAUUUCAGAGAAGAUAAAUACCUAUCGGUUAGCGUUCUUUAAGUGAGCGAGAUUGUGUACGGAAGAAAGAGAGAACGAAAGAACACACGAGCGAAAGGUAGUACGAACAGAGACAAGUUUUAUUAAUUGAUAAUUAUAAUAUGAUUAAUUAUUGUAUUAAGUAAAGUAAAAAUGCGAUGUUACGAACACUUGAAUAUAUUAUCGAAAGAUGAAUCAUUAAAAGAAAAAAAAAAAACGAAAAAAAAGAUGAAAGAAAGGACAAAAUGGACAAUUUUUUGAGAAAAAGAUUAUUAAAAAACGAUGAUAAUAAUUAAAUAAAAAAGAAAAAAGAGAAAAAAAAAUGAAGAAUAUGAAAAAUCUAUUUUAGAGACACACAUAUCUAUUCGGUUUUUUUUUGUAUCGUUUCUUUUGUCGGAGAGAAAGUAAAAUUUAUCGCGAUGGUUAAUCGUUGUCAUGUAUAAUUGCGGAUCGUCGUUAUGGCGUUGGUUAUUAAUUUUAGACGCCAUUUCGGAAUUGUCGUGCGGUUGUAAAGAGCGUUCAACUCUCCAACACACUGCGUGUCCGUAUUUCAAGAGGAGUGCAAAUAUUGUGAGAAGAAAAGUGAUAUAUAUAUAUAUAUAAAUAUAUAUAUAUAUAUAUAGGUAUAGACGAUUAAUUCUUCAGUUUCUCAGUGAUCGAUACAUAUGUAUAUUACGUCAGAUGAAAGGAUUUUUUCUUUUCUUCUUUUUUUUUUUUUUUUUUUUUUUUUCUUAAUAUUAUUUAAAGUCGUUCGGAAGACAAAAAUAGACUGAGUUGUUUGGUAUUAUUCAUCGAUGCUUUUGGGUUAAAUAUGCACCUUACACGAGCUUUUACUUCGAAGCUUUCACAAGCGAAUGACAAACCAUUCCAACUGUUGUAAAGAUCAAAUUACCGAACAACAACUUGAUCGAUAAAUAUGAGACGAUGUAGGAGUGAGAGAGCGAGCGAGCGAGCAAGCAAGCGAGAGAGAGAGAGAGAGAGAGAGAGAGAGAAAGAAGGAAGAAAUGAAAACAUAAAGCAUCACAGAGACACAUACAGUGUGACAGAGAUGACAUUAUACAGUUCUAAAUAGAGAUACGCUACGUACACGCUACACGUGGUACGUUUGUCGCGUGACGAGAUGGUCCAAAAAGCUGCAAGUUUGUUUAGAGGACUUCAAUAUAGAGAAUCGGGGGUCAGCUCGUCCCUGCAACAAGUCGUACCGGUACAUAACGUAGGAACAUUAUACAUACGUUUUCUUUCUUUUCUUUUUCAAGAAUAUUAUUACUUAUAAAUACAUCAUUAUAUAUAUAUGAAGAAAGAACGAGAGCGUGAGCGAGAGAAUUUUGACGAAUGAAUAGGAGAUACUACUCUAAAUGACGGAGAGAGUUGUUUUUAUAUAGUUUUAAUUGUGAAGAGAGGUAAAUUAAUGCGAGGAUUCAUGAACCAAUAUCUACGCACUUAAUUACCAACUAGCCGGCAAAUAUGAAGCCUCCUUUUCCCCCCUUCUUUCUACGAGAAAGUAUGUGGGUCCUGAUGCUGUGGGAUUACAAACAAAAAAGAACUCACAUAUUCAUUCAUCCGUUUUUAAUUAGUCGUUCUCAUACGAAUAUUAUAUAUAUUAUAUAUUAAUAUAUAUAUAUAUAUAUAAUAUAUGUAUAUGUAUAUACAUAUAUAUAUAUGUAUUAGUAUUAUAUACAUAUAUAUAUAUAUAUAUAGAAAGAGAGAGAGAGAGAGAGGUCGUUCUUUUUUCUUUUUUUUUUUUUUGUUCGAUGGAAAUGGCGCCAAAACACCUUCGUUUUACAAUGACGAAAAAGAAGCAAACUGAAAGAGAAAAAGCCACAUAAUGAAAAUUGAAGAUGGUGAAAACAGCAACAUUAAUAUUAUAAUUAAUAAUAAUUAUAAUAAAUACAAUAUUUGUACAAUAA